UCCAGAUGGAAAAAAAAUACCUAUUGUACUGUGACAAAUGUGAGUACAAGGAACUAUCCAUCAAUGUCAAUGUCACAGGAUUAGCACAAGACAAAAAGAAUGCAUGACCAAACUGAGUAGGGCACACCUACUGAGGAGACAGUCCUCCCUCUAUAAAAGAGGCUGCUGAGGACUCUGUCAAUAACUGGUGGGCUUCCUACUCAGGAUAAAAAAUAACAGACCUGACUCCAUCUUCCGUUUGGAUCAAAGGAGGUGCUUAAGUUGCCAUCAUGAGCACAGAUGCAGAGAUGGAGGCCUAUGGCCCCGCGGCCAUUUACCUCCGAAAACCAGAGAGGGAGCGGAUUGAGGCUCAGACUGCUCCAUUCGAUGCCAAAACCGCCUUCUUUGUGGCUGAUCCUGAUAAUAUGUAUUCCAAGGGAAAACUCAUCAAAAGAGAGGGUGGCAAAGCCACAGUUGAGACACUGGCACUAGAAGGAAAGGAAUCAAAGACUCUCACUGUAAAAGAAGAGGACAUCCAUUCCAUGAACCCUCCCAAGUAUGAUAAAAUUGAGGACAUGGCCAUGAUGACCCACCUCAAUGAGCCUGCUGUGCUGUAUAACCUCAAAGAGCGUUUUGCAUCAUGGAUGAUCUACACCUACUCUGGCCUGUUCUGUGUCGUCGUGAACCCCUACAAGUGGCUUCCUGUGUACGAUGCUCAGGUUGUUAACGCAUACAGAGGCAAGAAGAGGGUUGAGGCUCCACCCCACAUCUUCUCCAUCUCUGAUAAUGCCUAUCAGUUCAUGCUCACUGAUCGUGAGAACCAGUCUAUCCUCAUCACUGGAGAAUCUGGUGCAGGAAAGACUGUCAACACCAAGCGUGUUAUCCAGUACUUUGCAACAAUUGCAGUGGCUGGAUCUAAGAAACCAGAAACUGGAAAAAUGCAGGGUUCGCUGGAAGAUCAAAUCAUUGCAGCCAAUCCUCUACUAGAAGCCUAUGGUAAUGCCAAGACUGUGAGGAAUGACAACUCCUCUCGUUUUGGUAAAUUCAUCAGAAUCCACUUUGGUUCUAGUGGCAAGCUGGCCUCAGCUGAUAUUGAAACAUAUCUGCUGGAGAAGUCCCGUGUCACUUUCCAAUUGUCUGCUGAGAGAAGCUACCACAUCUUCUAUCAGCUGAUGACUGGCCACAAGCCUGAGCUCCUGGAGGCUCUUCUAAUUACUACCAACCCUUACGACUACCAUAUGAUCAGUCAGGGUGAAAUCACUGUCAAAAGCAUCAAUGAUGUGGAAGAGUUCAUUGCAACCGAUACUGCUAUUGACAUCUUGGGCUUCACUGGUGAUGAGAAGAUUGCCAUCUACAAGCUGACUGGAGCUGUGAUGCAUCAUGGUAACAUGAAGUUUAAGCAGAAACAGCGUGAGGAGCAGGGUGAACCUGAUGGCACUGAGGUGGCUGAUAAAAUUGCCUACCUCAUGGGCCUGAAUUCAGCUGACAUGCUAAAAGCUCUGUGCUACCCAAGAGUCAAGGUCGGAAACGAGAUGGUGACCAAAGGUCAGACCGUACCACAGGUCUACAAUGCUGUCAGUGCUUUGUGCAAGUCGGUCUAUGAGAAAAUGUUCUUGUGGAUGGUCAUCCGUAUCAAUGAGAUGCUAGACACAAAGCAGCCAAGACAGUUCUUCAUUGGGGUGUUGGAUAUCGCUGGAUUUGAGAUCUUUGAUUACAACAGCUUGGAGCAACUCUGUAUCAACUUUACCAAUGAGAAACUACAGCAGUUCUUCAACCACCACAUGUUUGUCCUGGAGCAAGAAGAGUACAAGAAAGAAGGCAUUGAUUGGGAAUUCAUUGACUUUGGUAUGGACUUGGCUGCCUGCAUUGAGCUUAUUGAGAAGCCAAUGGGCAUUUUCUCCAUUCUUGAAGAGGAGUGCAUGUUUCCCAAGGCUACAGACACUUCAUUUAAGAACAAGCUGCAUGAUCAGCAUCUUGGCAAGACCAAAGCCUUUGAGAAGCCCAAGCCUGGAAAGGGCAAGGCUGAGGCUCACUUCUCCCUGGUUCACUAUGCUGGUACAGUGGACUACAAUAUUACUGGCUGGCUGGACAAGAACAAGGACCCUCUGAAUGACUCAGUUGUACAACUCUACCAAAAAUCUGCAAACAAACUGCUGGCAAUGCUGUAUGUGGCCCAUGCUUCGGCCGAAGCUGAAUCUGGUGGUGGCAAAAAGGGUGGUGGAAAGAAGAAGGGUGGUUCCUUCCAGACUGUGUCUGCUCUUUUCAGGGAGAAUUUGGGCAAGCUGAUGACCAACUUGAGGAGUACUCAUCCUCAUUUUGUGCGCUGCCUGAUUCCUAAUGAAUCAAAGACCCCAGGUCUUAUGGAAAACCACUUGGUCAUCCACCAGCUGAGGUGUAACGGUGUGCUGGAAGGCAUCAGGAUCUGCAGAAAGGGCUUUCCCAGUAGAAUCCUCUAUGGGGACUUUAAGCAGAGAUACAAAGUAUUAAAUGCUAGUGUCAUCCCUGAGGGACAGUUCAUUGACAACAAGAAAGCUUCAGAGAAGCUGCUGGGCUCCAUUGAUGUGGACCACACUCAGUACAAGUUUGGACACACAAAGGUGUUCUUCAAAGCUGGUCUGCUGGGUACCCUGGAAGAGAUGAGAGAUGACAAAUUGGCUUCACUGGUGACAAUGACUCAGGCUCUUUGCAGAGGUUUCCUUAUGAGGAGAGAGUUUGCUAAGAUGAUGGAGAGGAGAGAUGCAAUCUUCGCCAUCCAGUAUAACAUUCGAUCAUUCAUGAAUGUGAAGAACUGGCCAUGGAUGCACCUGUACUUCAAGAUCAAGCCUCUUCUGAAGAGUGCUGAGACUGAGAAGGAGCUGGCUCAGAUGAAAGAUAACUAUGAUAAGAUGAAAACAGACCUGGCCACCGCCCUGGCCAAGAAGAAGGAACUGGAGGAGAAGAUGGUGUCCCUGCUGCAGGAAAAGAAUGAUCUGCAACUGCAAGUAGCAUCUGAAAGUGAGAACCUGUCUGAUGCUGAGGAAAGGUGUGAGGGCCUCAUUAAGAGCAAAAUACAACUUGAGGCCAAACUCAAAGAGACAACUGAAAGACUGGAGGAUGAAGAGGAAAUGAAUGCAGAGCUGACUGCCAAGAAGAGGAAGCUGGAGGAUGAAUGUUCUGAGCUAAAGAAAGACAUUGAUGACUUGGAGCUCACCUUGGCUAAAGUGGAAAAGGAGAAACAUGCCACAGAAAACAAGGUGAAAAACCUGACUGAGGAGAUGGCAUCUCAAGAUGAGUCUAUUGCCAAGUUAACCAAGGAGAAGAAAGCCCUCCAAGAGGCUCACCAGCAAACACUUGAUGAUCUCCAGGCAGAGGAAGACAAAGUCAACACUCUGACCAAGGCCAAGACUAAGCUGGAACAGCAAGUGGACGAUCUUGAGGGAUCACUAGAGCAAGAGAAGAAGCUCCGCAUGGACCUUGAGAGAGCCAAGAGGAAGCUAGAGGGAGAUCUGAAACUGGCCCAGGAAUCCAUAAUGGAUCUGGAGAAUGACAAGCAGCAAUCUGAAGAGAAACUGAAGAAGAAGGAUUUUGAGACCAGCCAGCUCCUCAGCAAGAUUGAAGAUGAACAGUCUCUUGGUGGUCAGCUUCAGAAAAAGAUCAAGGAACUCCAGGCUCGUAUUGAGGAGCUUGAGGAAGAGAUUGAGGCUGAGAGGGCUGCUCGGGCAAAGGUAGAGAAGCAGAGGGCAGACCUCUCCAGGGAGCUGGAGGAGAUCAGUGAGAGGCUUGAGGAAGCUGGAGGAGCAACAGCUGCUCAGAUUGAGAUGAACAAGAAGCGUGAGGCUGAGUUCCAGAAGCUGCGUCGUGAUCUUGAAGAGUCAACCCUGCAGCAUGAAGCUACCGCAGCAGCUCUCCGCAAGAAGCAGGCCGACAGUGUUGCAGAGUUGGGAGAGCAGAUCGACAACCUCCAGCGUGUCAAGCAGAAGCUGGAGAAGGAGAAGAGCGAGUACAAGAUGGAGAUUGAUGACCUUUCCAGCAACAUGGAGUCUGUUGCCAAAGCAAAGACCAAUCUGGAGAAAAUGUGCCGAACUCUUGAAGACCAAUUAAGUGAAAUCAAGAGCAAAAAUGAUGAGAAUGUUCGCCAGCUAAAUGACUUGAGUGCACAGAGGGCAAGACUGCAAACAGAGAACGGUGAGUUCACUCGCCAGGUUGAGGAGAAGGAAGCUCUUAUUUCCCAGUUAACCAGAGGCAAACAGGCUUACACGCAGCAGAUUGAAGAGCUUAAGAGGCAGAUUGAGGAGGAAAUGAAGGCCAAGAACGCCAUGGCCCAUGCUGUUCAGUCAGUCCGGCAUGACUGUGAUCUGCUCAGAGAGCAGUUUGAAGAGGAGCAGGAGGCCAAGGCUGAGCUGCAGCGAGGAAUGUCCAAGGCCAACAGCGAGGUGGCUCAGUGGAGGAGCAAAUAUGAGACUGAUGCUAUUCAGCGCACUGAGGAACUGGAGGAGGCAAAGAAAAAGCUUGCCCAGCGCCUGCAGGACGCUGAGGAAUCUAUUGAGGCUGUGAAUGCUAAGUGUGCCUCUCUGGAAAAGACCAAGCAGAGGCUACAGGCGGAGGUGGAGGACCUCAUGAUUGAUGUGGAGAGAGCUAAUAGUCUGGCUGCUAACCUUGACAAGAAACAGAGGAACUUUGAUAAGGUCCUGACAGAAUGGAAACAGAAAUAUGAGGAGAGCCAGGCAGAGCUGGAAGGAGCCCAAAAGGAGGCUCGUUCUCUCAGCACUGAACUGUUUAAGAUGAAGAACUCUUAUGAGGAGGCUCUUGAUCAGCUGGAGACCAUGAAAAGAGAGAACAAGAACCUGCAGCAGGAGAUCUCAGAUCUGACUGAACAGAUUGGUGAGACUGGAAAAAGCAUCCAUGAGUUGGAAAAAGCAAAAAAGACUGUAGAAAGUGAGAAGGUUGAAAUUCAGACUGCCCUGGAGGAGGCAGAGGGUACACUGGAGCAUGAGGAGUCCAAGAUUCUCCGUAUUCAACUUGAGCUCAACCAGGUCAAAAGUGAGAUUGACAGAAAGCUGUCAGAGAAAGAUGAGGAGAUGGAGCAGAUCAAGAGGAACAGCCAGAGGGUGAUAGACUCCAUGCAGAGCACUCUGGAUGCUGAGGUCAGGAGCAGGAAUGAUGCCCUGAGAAUCAAGAAGAAGAUGGAGGGAGACCUGAAUGAGAUGGAGAUUCAGCUGAGCCACGCCAACAGGCAGGCUGCUGAGGCCCAGAAACAACUGAGGAAUGUCCAGGGACAGCUCAAGGAUGCCCAACUGCACCUUGACGAUGCUGUUAGAGGACAGGAAGACAUGAAGGAGCAGGUUGCCAUGGUGGAGCGUAGAAAUGGCCUGAUGCUGGCUGAGAUUGAGGAGCUGAGAGCCGCUCUGGAGCAGACGGAGAGAGGACGCAAAGUGGCUGAACAAGAGUUGGUUGACGCUAGUGAGCGUGUCGGACUGCUUCAUUCUCAGAACACCAGUCUUCUGAACACCAAGAAGAAGUUGGAAACGGACUUUGUCCAGGUUCAGGGUGAAGUGGAGGAUUUAGUUCAGGAAUCAAGAAAUGCUGAGGAGAAAGCCAAAAAGGCCAUCACUGAUGCUGCCAUGAUGGCCGAGGAGCUGAAGAAGGAGCAGGACACCAGCGCUCACCUGGAGAGGAUGAAGAAGAACCUGGAGGUCACAGUAAAGGACCUGCAGCACCGUCUGGAUGAGGCUGAGAACCUCGCCAUGAAGGGCGGCAAGAAGCAGCUCCAGAAACUGGAGUCCAGGGUGCGGGAGCUAGAAGCUGAAGUUGAGGGUGAGCAGAGACGUGGAGCUGACGCUAUUAAAGGUGUCCGCAAAUAUGAGAGGAAAGUGAAGGAGCUGACCUACCAGACUGAGGAGGACAAGAAGAAUGUGGCCAGACUUCAGGAUCUGGUGGACAAGCUGCAGCUCAAAGUCAAGGCUUACAAGAGACAGGCUGAGGAGGCUGAGGAGCAGGCCAACACUCACAUGUCCAGGCUGAGAAAGGUUCAGCAUGAGCUGGAGGAAGCUCAGGAGCGUGCUGACAUUGCUGAGUCCCAGGUCAACAAGCUGAGAGUCAAGAGCCGUGAUGCUGGAAAAGGAAGUGACUCUGCUGAAUGA